AGGAGCGGCCGAGCGGCGGAGCUCAGAGCCGGAGCGCCGCGCGGAGGAACACGGAGCUCCCCGAGAAAUGCGUCACUCUCUGAGGAACAGAAUCGACGAGCGAAGCAGCAAAAGAAGUCUUCAGGUCUGAAGGCAUCCUCGCCGUGAACAUCCAGCUCCUGUAAACGGACAAACCCUCCUUCCUGCUGGCAAAUUAAACCUUCACAGGAACAUGGAAGCUGCAGAGAACCCGGUCCUGGAGUCCAGGGCGGAGAGGAUCGCCCGCUACAAAGCCGAGAGGAGGCGAGAACUGGCCGAACGCUUCGGCGCCGUGGAGGAGCUUCCCUCCAAAUGUGUGAGGAGGGACGAGAGAGGGCUGACCCAAACCCCGGGAGGGGCGCUGAACUCAGACGACCUCGGCGAACGGAUAAACGGCCGAACCCAAGAAGCUCAAAAUGGAUUGGAAGCAGACGUUCCUGCAGAAGACGACUCCCUGAGAAGCCAGGACUCUGGUCUGGGUCUGGACGGCCCGCAGCUCCGCACUCGGGUGUCGGUGGGUCAGUUACGAAGCGCCCUCCUGCAGCAGACGGAGAGCGGAGCGGAGCCGGACAAAGACCUCGACGCCGGACGAUCCACGUUCUCUCUGGACCUGGCGGUGAAGCCGGGCUCUGAGGGGGGCCGGCGGCGCGCCCGGCGGUACCUUCCUGGCGUGUCGGGCAGCGGGCGCAAGUCCGGCGAGCGCUUCAGGACGCAGCCGAUCACAGCCGGCGAGAUGGAGGAGAGCGGCGGGCUCAUGGACGAAGACGACGAGGUGAACGGGAAAGCGGAUGUGAAAACAGACGACCGAGCCGAGAUGAGCGUGGCGGCCAAGAUGUCUUUGUUCAAAGAGCUGGAGAAGUCCGCUGCCCCUGAGGUCCCGGUUCCGUUGAAGCCUCGCUCAGCAGGUUCUGCUCAGGAACGCAGGACGCGCCGAAGCAACGACCCUCGCUUCCUUACUCAGCCGAUCACCUGCGAGGAAAAGGAGGCAAUCAGCGCUCCGACACCAGCGGGGGUCCGGUCUGCGCCCGUGGAGCCGAAGGAGGAUGAAGACGAGAGCUGCAAGAUGAGCAUGAGGGAGAAGCUGGCCCUCUUCAACAAGCUGUCUCUCCCUGGGAGGCAAGGGUCCGGUCCCCCCGACGGGCCUCCAGAACGGCGGAGGCAGAAGGGGUCUCGGUACCGCACGCAGCCCAUCACGGUGGAGGAGGUCAGUCUGCUGCAGCAAGGCCCGGUCCAGCUCCCCGCCUUCAGUUUGGGCCCCCAUCUGUCCAGCAGGCACCACGUCUCGUCCACUAACCUCAGACCCAGCGAGGUGCGUCUGUCUCAGCUAAAACCCGACGCUGCGGAGCCCGACCCGGUCCACCAGAGCUCACAGAGCUCUGAACCGGGCCUGAAGGGGAUCCUGAAGAAGAACCGCUCCGUGCGCUUGGACUGGAGCGGGCCGGACGCAGGUCUGCUGGACGCACCGUUCGGCCACGAGCGGGACGCUGGACGAGGUCGAGGAGCGGAGACGUUCGGGACGACCGAAGAAGCCGAAGCGAGGCGCGAGACGUCGGGUACGCCGUGGAGACAGAGGGCUCGGAUCGGAAGGGAAACCGUCGCCUGGACACCAACCGGACCCUCGUCAGAACCGGACGCUCUGCGGGACGGGCGCCGUCGGACCACGCCACAGGACGGAGACGCUUCCUGCGAGAGAAACCGCUUCGACUCAACAUGGAGACGCCAGCACGAAGACGAGCGAGAGAACGAGAGGAAGGUCGACGAUGAACAACCCCAAACCCAGAGAAGUGCGGUCGUCUCGGCAGGCUGCGCUCAGAAAAUACAAGAAAGUGAGGAAGCAUCAGAAACCUCUCUGCUCGGCAGCGUCGGCCUUCGGCUCUGGGAGCCGGUCUUUGCCUCGGUGUACUCGGUCCGUGCGCCGCAGUACGUCGUGCGUUUCAGCCAGGCGAACCUGUCGUUUGAGGCUCAAGAAGUCUCCUCCCCGAGGAAGAGUCCGAUCGGGCCUGAGUGGCGACCCAAAACUAAAGGAACUGAGGAUGAGCUUCAGGGACACGAAGAGCAGGACGCUGCCAUCAGGAGCUCUCCUGAAUCAGACGGGGAGAUUUCCACCAAGCUCAGCACCGUUGCUCCGGUCCACCUAGAUGAAGGUCUGCGCAGAGCCGAUGCUCCGGUCUGUGUGGAUGAAGGACAAAGCAGAAUUGAUGCUCCAGUCUGCGUGGAUGAAGGACGGAGCAGAAUCGAUGCUCCAGUCUGCGUGGAUGAUGGUUGGCGCAGAACCGAAGGUCGGAGCAGAACCAACGCUCCGGUCUGCGUGGAUGAAGGUCG